UGUAAUCUAUAAAAAGGUGUUCUAAACAAAAGUUUAAUUAACUAAAGUUCAUUGCAAUCAUAUGCUUCAAUAAUUGGCAUGAAAGACUAGUACAUGUGCAGACUUACACAGUAAACCAUGUAUUCAAACUAGUAAGUCCAUCUGAUUUAAAAAAAUCCCUCAGAAGUUAAAAAAUAAUUUUGAUAUUGUGGGGCUUUUGAGACCAUUAAACCACCUCUUCUAAUGGGAUUAUACCACUUUUUCAGGUUAUCUAGUACCAAAUGAAGUCUAUGCCUAUGCUGCAGCUGUCUAAACUUUAUCAGAAUGAAAUGGAAAUGGCUUACAUCAUUGAAACGUGAUUUCAGAGAUGCUUGCUGUUAGUCAGUAUUUGCAUAUUUUUGCAGCUCUCAAAAGCAGUGAAAGCAGCGUUGUAGUUUUUGUGGAGAGGAAGGUACUGGCUGAGAUAAAAUACAGGCCUGUAGUUUCUUUGACAUCCAAGUAUCGCUGUGUUAUGUGUUAACAAACAAGUGCAGAAGUUACAAAUGAUGCUUACAUUUCCUGUGUUUCUUUCUAUUUAAUAGUGGCUGUUUUUUUCAGAGAUGGUACUGAAUCAACUGGGGUUGUAAAAUGAAGGCAGAAAAUUCCUAGGUAACAAUUACAAUCUAACUUUCUCUGAAUGGGAUUAAUAUUACUGCAAUACAUCACAACUUAGGUCAAGUACCACAUCUCUAAUCCCAGUGCAGUUCAAUGUGAGCAGAACAACUGAAAUGACUGCAAGACACCCCUCUUCUGACAUUUCCAAAGCCGCCUUUGUCUUGCUUUUUCCUUCCCCUUGCCUUUGUGCUGCUGAGUUUUACUCUGCCCAUUAUAUCUCUUCUUUCAGGGUCGAAAGUGGUUGGGAAGGCUGGAGUUGGAGGUGAGAAGAUGCUGUUUUCUCCUAGCAGCUGGUGCUGCAAGCAAAGGGAAACCUACAGUUCUCAUGCUGUUGCAUAGGCCAGCUCAUAUGCUCUUAGCCUACAACUCUCCAGAGGCACUGCUGCUCGCUGCAGAGCUUUUCACAGAGCCAUUUUUCCCUCUGAGGGUGAAGAACACCAGUACAGGACUUGGAAAUUCUGACCCCUGUGAUGGGGGGGUCCAGGGGGCCUUCUAAUGUCCAGUGCGAGGAAGGAGGGUUUACUGUACUUCCAUCUUGCCUUAAAUUACAGAAAUUCACAGUGCUAAAUGUCCCAGUGUUUUUGUGGGAGCGUUUUAUGUAUUCACAGGCUGACUUAACAAUAAUAGUACACACGAAAAUGAUGCAAUUUAGGAACCCCGUCUGUAGUGUGCCGCUUUUGAAAUGGCUAUAACAUUUGAAAAAUUUGAUACGUUUCAAGAAAAGACUAGAAACAGCAGUCAUUUUUAGCCACUCUUGAAGUCCUCUUAGAAUUGGAUUCAUCUUUUGCUUUGUGCAUUUUUGGCUAAUUACAUGAAUGCAUGGUUUUUGUUAUUGUUGUUUCUUCCUCUAAGAGGAGUGCUCUUGCCAAUGGUCAGCUCUUUUUUUUAGUAAGUACAUUUUUAUAAUUUUUUUUUCCUGUUUUGUAAUACAGAAGUAGUUUCUAAAAGUCUUAACAAUGAUUUGUGAGUAUUGACUUUUAAGAUAACACAUCCUUAUACAAAGAGAUCUGUUGAAAUCUGUAAGCUCACUGUAACUACACUUAAGGUAGCUUUUGAAAAGAAACUUGAAAUAUAUAUUUAAAAAAAGAAAAAAAAUCAUCGUGCAUACUUUUUCAUUCAUGGUCAUGUUUUAUUUCUGAUAGGAGAUGCCUGCCAUCUGUUGACACUUGAAAAACCUCUUCUUGUUGAAUUGUGAGAUUAUGACCCCUUCCAUAAUUACAUUUGCCUACAUGUAUUUCGAUGUAAUGCAUAUUUAUUUGUUUCCUGAAUGUAAAAAGAGUUAAAGCAGUGGGAAGACUUGGGGAGGAAAGAUACACAGAAUGACACACUGGGCCCGGCAGUUGUGAUGAAUGCAUGGCAGAAACUUAGAUUGUCAUCUUUGUUGUGUUGACAACUUAUACCAGGGUGUAAUUCAUUUGGUGUAAUCAAAAACAAUGUUUUAUGGAAAAGUAAGAAACAGCUUCGUCUCUGAUUGUACCAUGAAGCAUGCAGUGGGAUCUGGGGGAGUGAUGGAUAAACCAGAGGGGUGUGCUGCCAUCCAGAGAGACUUGGACAAGCUGGAGAAGAACCUCGUAGAGUUCAACAAGGGGAAGUGGUGAAGUCCCGCACCUGGAGAGAAAUGGCCCCAGGAACCAGUCCUGCUUGAGGCCACCCAACUGGAAGGCAGCUAUGCAGACAAGUGUCUGGUGGUCUUGGUGGACACCAAGAUAAACGUGAUCCAGCAGAGUGACCUUGCAGAGACCAAAGAUGCUAACAAGAAAGAUUAAGCUCUGGGACAUUAAUGCCCAUAUAACCUGUCGUCUGUGCAAUGGAUACCUGAUUGAUGCUACCACUGUAACAGAAUGCUUACAUACAUUCUGUAGAAGCUGCCUGGUGAAAUAUUUGGAAGAAAACAACACCUGUCCGACGUGCAGAAUUGUUAUACACCAGAGCCACCCAUUGCAGUAUAUUGGUCAUGACAGAACAAUGCAAGAUAUUGUUUACAAACUUGUGCCAGGCCUCCAAGAAGCGGAAAUGAAAAAGCAAAGGGAAUUUUAUCACAAACUGGGCAUGGAAGUUCCAGGAGACGUAAAAGGAGAGACAUGUUCUGCAAAGCAGCAUCUGGAUUCCCAUCGGAACGGUGAAACUAAAACAGAUGAAAAUGCAAACAAAGAAACUUCUGAGGAAAAACAGGAAGAAGAUAAUGACUACCACCGAAGUGAUGAACAGGUAAGCAUCUGCUUGGAAUGCAAUAGCAGCAAAUUACGUGGAUUAAAACGAAAAUGGAUUCGCUGUUCAGCACAAGCAACAGUCCUGCAUCUAAAGAAGUUCAUUGCCAAAAAGCUAAACCUUUCUUCUUUUAAUGAGCUGGACAUAUUAUGCAAUGAAGAGAUUCUUGGCAAGGACCACACGCUCAAGUUUGUAGUUGUUACAAGAUGGAGAUUUAAGAAAGCACCUCUACUGCUACAUUACAGACCCAAAAUGGACUUGCUGUAAGAGAACUUUAUUGUCCUUCUGGACAGAGUUUUUUGCAGAGACUAUCAUCUGGCACCUUCUUAGUGCAUCACUAAUCACAUGAUACGAAUCAGCCGAAUAAUUUUGGAAGACUGUAGUGCUUUCAUAGCUGACUGUCCUUCUGAAUAUUUCUCCUGGGGAUGUGUUAUCUGGAUUUCUGGACAGAAAAUAUUUAUACUUAUUUUAUAUGAAAGAAAGAGAUCGAAACUCAGCAAGACACUACCAGCACUAAGUUUAUAGAUAUUGAAAACACUUCACAGUUCCAUGUAGCUCAGCCUGACUCAUCUCUUACAGUUACACAGAAAUAAGUUAGAAUGUUGUGGGGUGAUUUUAAAAUGUUGCUUUUGACACCAAGUUGCAUUUAGUUACUUUUCACAUUCUGAAUAUUUAAAAAUAUAUUUUUGCAAAGUGUUCUUGUCUUAUAUAGUAUGCCUGAUUGCAUUGGCUUUAAUCAAGUUCUGUAGGUCAUUGAACAUAACUAAUGAUAUAGUGACUGGUGAUAUUUAUUAUGCUGCAUUGAAAACUUUUGAAAAUCUGGGAAAACGAUGGGUUUGUUUGUUUUAUCCAGUUGUUGCUCUCCCUCGGUUUCUGUUUUAGUAAAGUUUUAAUGCCCUUUUUGCAUGGUGAUUUGGUAAGAUUAAUAGUAAUCUCUGCAGCUGAUUUUAACGUGCCCUGAUAUUUUGCUGUGGCAUAUAUUGCACCACAUAAUGACAAAUACUCAAAAGUGCUAGAUUUAUGAACUUUAAAUAUAUAUAAAUAUAUAUAUAUAAAUAUUUCUUAUGUAGCUGUGGCUUGCAGAAAUCAGUUUUUACUGUAAAGAGAAUUUAUUCUCACUGGCUAAUGAAACACUGGCUCUUAGACAACAUUGGGUGUUACUGCACAAUUUUUACUGAUUAAAAAUUCCUCUGUGAAGUAGGAGCAGCUUUAUAUUUUAGUUAACAGCUUUAUAUUUUCUUCACCUGUUUUCUUAGGAAACUGUACUGUUUUCUUUAGCACAGUUACUUGCUGUUUUGGGGGGUCAGACAAGAUUAUUUUCAUAUCUUCUGGCCUUAAUUGAUAACAGUACUUGCAUCAACCCCAAUGGAUGCAAGGUAACAUACAUGCCAUGUAUGUGUGUACAUAUAUAUACACACAUACAACUGUUUAUGUUAUGGAAUGCACCCUCAAUAGCACUUAGCAGUGUUCACUGCAUCAUUUGUAAGGCUUUUUGAAAUUGUCACCUUUUUAAAAACAGAGUUGAAAGUGAUUUCUGCAAGCUGUAUACUGUAUAGCACAUAUAGUACAGAUAUAAGAGCAUUUGGCUGCCAGCGUGUCAAGUUACCUAGAAUUCCAAACAUACUGUUAAUAUCUGGAAACAGUUAAGCUUCUGACUUUUGGAAGGGUUUUCCAAUCAACUGAAAAUGCUAGCUGCUAUACAUAUUAUUUUUUAUAAACUGCCUUUGGAUAAGAAAGUGAGCUUGCUUGUAACUGCCCUGCUUUGUCUGUCUGUGCUCAUUCCUGUCUUCAGCAACAAAGUAUUAUUUAUUACUGAUAACAGGAAGCUGAUAGUGCAAGAGCUUUAUCUAAGCAUUUUAAUUCAUAUUCUUCUUCUUGAGCUUUUAGAACACCACGUUCCUUAGCAUAUCUCCUGCACUUUCAUUCUUUGGAGUCUUCAGCCCUCCUUUCUUAGCUGUGCUGCUGCAGAAGGAUGCUCCAAUUUCUGUUUCUCUUUGCAAAGAUAAAAUAUCUUUCUCAUUUUUAUUUAUAGUCACGGAUGUGAAUGGGAAAUAAAUCAAAAGUUAUGCAGGCAGAGAAAGAAAGGGAGCCUAUUGAAAUACGGGGAUAUAAAGAAGACGCAAACGCUAAAAGAAGCUGCAAAUGUGAGGGCAGAUGGUAGGUAGAUUGGAAUGCUUGCAUUAGGCAGAACUCCACAUCCAGGCCUUUUGUGUGGGUGUGCAUGCACCUAUGAGCACUGGAAUCAGAACUUGGCUCCAGUUUUGUUCUACUGUUUUCAGCUCAUAUGUGUUUCAGCUUUUACCUUUGGUUAACAUUAAUUGGCAGAUGAGAUCAUGAGCCUAUCUUUUUAUAAACUUUAAUGAAAACAGUGAAUACAGGUGUUACAAAUGCAUAUGCAUAUUGACAUACUGGGCCCUUCUGGAGCUGUUCAUGCUGUUAGUAUUCCAGUGUAAAUAAGGGACUGGCUGUAAGUAGUGAGACACUGAGAGUACAAACAGGGGCUAUAAAUGGGCCACUCUCUGGACCUGACAUAGACGUAGGGUUAAAGCUCCCAGAGAGUAUGUUGAUAAGGUGGUUUUUGUGUGUUUGUGUGGAUACAUACGCACUAACCCACAAUCUUUACGUAUGUACAUGCUUCCUGUGUGAGGUCUGCCUACCUCAGAAGGAGCGUACCGCAGAAACCUUUUGUCCAUCCAGACGCUGAAGCAGAGCUUAUAAAGCAUGCUAGGAUUUUAGCUCUUUUCACUGCAGUUGUACAGCUGAGAACUCAGUUGCAAACAAGCACAUUCAGAAGCCUUUCAAGUCUUUCUCUUGCUGUAAUUAUCUGCAGUACAAAACAUGUAUUUGGAAGUUUGUAGCUUUCUUUAGAAUCACUUGAAUAUAUAAUGGUGCUACCAGUACAUUGAAAAUUCUGUUGUUAACUAUAUAGAUAGGUAAACUCAAGGCAGUAUUAAUACCUACAAAUGCUUUUGUUUUGUUUUGUUUGUUUCCUCAUUUGUGUGCAACUGCUUUUGCAAUGUGUUUAAUUUGAUAAAGCCUCAUCAGUAAAAAGAAAAGGAAAAAAAAAGAGAAAUCCCAGUUAUUUUUCUAAGUCGUAUGUCAUAGCAUCAUUGCUAUAGAUAUUCUUUCCCUCAGGAGGGGUUGGGAUUGUGUCUGGACCAUAUAUUUAUUUACUCUCGCCUUACUAGAGGACUACAAUGCAAUUGAAUUGAACUGAGAGGGAGGCCUCCUUUGGGUCAGACUCUGUUUCACUUCUGUGAAGCUUAAGAGACAGUUAAUUUAUAUCAAGAUUAUAUAGUAGCCCUGGCUCUGUUCGAACUUGAACUGCAAGUUGGACUCAGCAUAGAUAUCUCUCUGUCCUAGUGAGAUCAUACUCAGUUUAUUUGGAUUUUGUCAAGACGGCGCUACUGUGAAGUAGUUUUCACAAUUGCUUACGCUGGUAAAUAAUUGCAGUAAAGAAGUAUCUUGUUACAUUAUCCUCAGCAGCAAUGAGACUGAUGAAUCACCCAGGCUCAGAGUCUCAUUAAAUAUAGUUUCAUUAAAAACAGAGAAUUCAGAUAGAAUAUAUGAUAUUAAAGUUAAAUAAGAUUUGGGGUGUUAAAAGUUAACUCUAUAAAAUUAUUUAUUCUAUUUUAAGCCUUCUGUCUUAUUUUGCCAUCCAAGUAUUUUUGGUUUCAAUGGUCCAACCUUAUGUACGGGCAUAUAAAAUGAAAUUGUAAGAUGUUUUUACAAGCUUCUUCCUUUUACAUUGAGUUUAAUUAGCUUUUAUUUGUAUGUUUUUGUUUUGUGUGGAUAAAGAACAUUACUUAUGUUUUUGUGCAAUAGGUUUGAAACAUGCAUUUAUUAGGCAUAUGUUUAAAUUGUAAAUGUAGCAUCUACUUACCGUUAAAAAGGAACGUAGAUGGAGUUUUUGAUUUGUUCAAACGAGGUUUUAUUUGGGACUGUUAUCUGGGAAGGUUGUUUUUUGAUUUGUUCUUUAUUUUAAGAGUGAAAUGUGGGAUUUAAAUUUGUGUAAGUACAAGAACUAUCUGUCAGCAAUAUUCUAAAAUAAAUGAUCUUGCAAGAAAUCUUAAUGUGAACUGUGGAAGCAAUCGGCAAGACUUGCAGCCUAUCUGAAAAUGUUUUGUGCCACUGUUACGUCUGGUAUCUUUGUGUACCAUCAAAUCUGAAAAUAUUUAUUUAUUAUUUUUGGUUGUGCAAUAGUGUACACAACACUAUCUUCUCUGGGGAUAUGGGACCAUAAAAAAUAUCAGACUACAACUAUGAUGGUGCUAUUCUUUCCAAUAGGCUAUGAGCCUUUGAUGGCUUAUCUGGCUGUGUUGUCUUCAUAACAACAUAAUUAGUUGAAGGAGAUUGAUUUUUUUAUUAUUAUUAUUAUUUUUUUCCUACUGGAUGGUAAAUGUAACCAUACAACUAGCCUAUUUUACAACAUGAUGCAUCUUACCAUUGAGCUGAAUAUAAUAGGAAAAAGCCAACCAGUCUGUACAUCAGCAGGUGAAUCUUAGUAACCUUGUAGUCUCAACGAUACUUAAGAUGCAUUUUGUUCAGAAGGCUGGACUGUACAGAAAAAUCUAGUUUCUCUACUUCCUCAGGUGAUCACUUCAGUUUGGAUAUUUCACUGGAGAUGCUAAUGCUUCAGUUCCUUUGCAUAAGGUUGAUAACAGGAGAAAAAUAUUGUCCUAUGCACCAGAAUCUGUGCGUAAGAUAUAAUUAACUGUAACUGAGAGGUCUUGGCAUCUGUUGCUGAAGUAAAAACCUAUAGAGAGAACAUUAAGGAAGAUGGGAACAAUGCUUCAGUCUCUGCUUUCAUGAAAACUUGCAAUCAGUACAAACACUUUCUAGAAACUUGCUUUCUGUGGCAAGCUGACAGUAAUAUUUUACCAUGGAUUUAUGAUUUAUUUAUAUACAAAUUAAAGCUCCAGUCUUGCUAUUUGAUCUAUGUUUGAUCUGUGGAGCUUCCUGAAAAUCUUUCAAAGCCACAGUGACCUACCCAGUUGAGUGGUAAGGUGGGAACUAAAUGUCCUGUUCCAUGAGUGCUUAUAUUGAUAACUUUGCAAAUAGCCUGAAUGAUUCUGCAGAAACCAGAGGGUUUGUUCAGGUGAUGGUAGGUGUGGCUGGAGGAUGGAGUCCUGAGUUUUAAAGGCUGGAAUAAUGUUCCAGUAUUAUUAAUUUUUAUUCGAAACUGAAAACAUUGGUUUACUAGAAUCUUGAAUCCAAGUUACUUAUUCGAAGAAAGGAGAGUUUGUUCUUUCCUUCUGCAACAAGAUUAUUUUACAGUUGAGGGACAAUAAGCCAGUGCAACCACUAAGCCUUUAUUCUCUCAUGUGGCAUAAUAAAGAUACUGAAACUGUCACAAUGUAAAACCAUAUUUUUGGCUUAGCUUCAUUUGAAAGUUUACAAUUUUUUAUGCUUUGUGUUGCUGUGUAAUUUUUGUACUAUUGGUGGCUAGUUUUGUCUGAAUAAGCCUUUUUGGAUUAUUGCUUAAUGUUUUGAUUUUAUGAUAGUGAAGCUUGUAUUCAGUGUUUUGCCAAUUAAUAUUAUAUGCUUGUUAAUAAAAGCAGAGAAACUAACUGAAAUCCUGUCAAGCUGGAAGUUAUUGUCCCAUUUUUUCCUUCAAGAACAUAAGGAACUAGUCAGCCUAAUAUCAUGGCACUGACCAACCCAGCAUGACUGAAACAAUAAUGUUGUGGCAUGACAUGGUCACAGUCAAUAUGUCUAUAACCCAUUUUGCUCAAAACAAACAAAAGCAUGGCCUGAAGUAUUACCCCACUGCUCAGAGCAGUGAUGUGCCUGUGACAAACGUAUGGCGUAUAACUGCCAGCUAGGAAAUGAAAUGGCUUCAGCUGCAUGCAGGAAAAACAUAGUUACCCUGAUGUCUAUAUGUAUUUGUAGAUAGAAAUGUACUUAUGAGAACUGUGUGUUGCUUUCAGUCUGACUUUACCUUAUGAUGCUGAUGCACAAGGGCAGACUGCAGCAUUCUAGAUGAAAGAUUUGACAUGACUAAGUGUCACAUGUCAAAUUACAAAGAAUAUCCAUGCAUAUUAGAUUUUAAUUUGGGGAUGUCACACUUGUGUCACCUUUUCUUUGCAAGCUGCUAGGAAGAAAGUUCUCUUGCCUAUAGGAAACUUACUAUGACCCAAAUAUGCUUUGCCUUUGAAAAAAUUGAUCUGUUGUGGUAUUUGGCAAAUAUUGGUGCUUGCCAUCUUGGUAAAUUCAUGAGCUUUUUUUUUUCCAAGAUCCUUGAGAUUUGUUUAAAUUCCUGACCAGAGCAUAGAUGCAGAGUUUUCUUUUUAGCUGAAAUUAAUUAAAAUACCUAGACCAGAUACUGCAUUAAGUGGGAAAGCAGUAUUUAAGUUCCUUGCAGUAUCUCUUCGCAGUAAUGCAAAUACAUAGCUUGUGUACUGCUGUCUACAUAUUGAGAGAACCAGAAGGGCUUUCUUUUUUUUGCUAUUGGCUUGUAUGCAAUUGCCAGCAACUGUGGGCUGGUUCGAAGUUAAAGGUUCUUACACAUAGCUCAUACUUGCACUGAUAGUACCAAUAUAUAAUUGCUCUGAGGAAAUCGGCCAUUUGCCACUGCUUUAGCUUCAUGUAAACACCCUCGUGAGACACUCACCUUAGAAGGGUCCCUUUGCCUAUAUGUAGUCACUUAAAAGUAGGGAAAUGUUAGCACUAAUUCUUCCUGAGCAAGCAUUAUUUCUUGUAGAUCCUCCAUGGUCUCAUUUUCUGUGAUUCUAACAGUUCCCUGUACUUCAUACUCUUGGUUGCUCUCAUCUAUCAGUGAACGAACCUGUGAUGGCCUGGUUUAGCCUGCUUCCUCCCUUCUUACAUUUUCAGCAGCUAUUCCAGGAGUGCAGAGGUGAUGUGCUAGAACAGAGGGCUUCUAUUUCAUGCCAGUGUGAUUACAGAUUUUCUGACCUCUGUGUACACUGGAGUAGCUAGGAAAGGAAAACCUCUGCUUCUCUUACACAAGCAGAAGCUUAUAGCAGCGUAACACUGCACACAAGUUGUGGUCUCUUUCUUUGGCAUCUGUGUCAUGGAGAAAUUGCUCAGGUUUACAUGGGGAUUAACUUAACGUGUAUACCUCACUUAAGGAAUGAUUAAAGCAAUGCCAUCAGCAUCUGUUGUACAUGUGACUUUUGAAAUACUUGUUGCAAAAAUUGUUUUAGAAGUCAAUGUUUCAUAUUGUUCCAUGUAAAAUAUACUUGUAGUAAUUCAAAAUGUUCUCUGGCUUUGGUUUGGACAUAAAAAAAAAAUAAAUUAUUUGACUUUUAA